AUGCGUUCAGUUGGCACAUUCAAUAUCGCUUGUUCAUUUGCAGCACUUUGGGCCUUUGUCAAAGUUCUAAGGGCCCUCCGCUGGCGAUUGAAGACGACUCAACUGCGGGGUCCACCUCGUUCCAGCAUCGUAUAUGGUGUUUCAAACGACCUCACUUCAUCUACAGACACUGCUGCAAUGUAUGAACGUUGGGCGGACGAAUAUGGGGUAGUAUAUAUGAUUCCGAGCGUCCUCGGGCAGACUAGAAUCGUGCUAUGUGACCCAAAAGCUAUAGCACAUUUUUAUGCCCGAGAGACAUGGACCUAUGUGCGGACGCCCCUUGCGUCAGUGCUCUUAGAGGCCUUGAUUGGCAGAGGGGUACUAUGGUCUAACGGUGAAAGCCACAGGAGGCAGCGGAAGGCCAUCACGCCAGCUUUUAGUAACGCAGCUAUUCGGAAACUUACAUCAGUGUUCUAUGACUCAGCAUACAAGGUCAAGGGUGCAUGGGAUACUGCUAUAGAAUCCAGCAAGGAUGGAAAUGCGGUCAUUGAAGUCCAGAACUGGAUGAAUCAUACCUCUCUAGAUACGAUUGGCAUCGCCGGUUUCUCCCAUGAUUUUGGCUCGCUCGAUGGGAAGCACGCUACCGUGACCGAAGUGUUUGAUACGUUCGGGAACAAUGCACGGGCCUCAGCGAGGAACAAGGUUUUUAUGUUGCUCGCGCAAGUAUUUCCUACCAUCGCCAAGAUUCCCACUAAGCGGACGAUUCUGACCAAGAAACUUGGCGCAACCAUGGGCGAAAUAUCCAACAAAUUGUUGAUCCGCAGUCGCCAGGAGAAGGACGCGAACAUGAACGAGGCAGAAGAGGAGAAGUCCGUUAUUGGACUGUUGCUCAAAGCCGAAGGUCAGGAUGCCGAGCUUCGUCUGUCCGAGGAGGAAGUAGUGGCUGAGAUGAAGGUCUUGCUUGUCGCAGGUUACGAGACUACAUCCGUCAGUCUUACGUGGGCACUAAUCGAACUAUCGCGACACCUCGAUGUCCAAAUCAGACUCAGAGAGGAACUGCUUGCGUUUGGUGCUGAUCCGACAUAUGACCAAUUAAAAGCCAACCUCCCGUUCUUGGAUGCUGUUGUCCAUGAAAUUCUACGACUCCAUCCCCCGAUACCCGAAUUCGUUCGGCUUGCAACCGCAGACGAUGUUAUUCCUUUGGGUGAACCUGUGCGCACGGCGUCCGGGAAAAUGACCGACAGUAUAUCUGUAGCCAAGGGGUCAUUGAUUAGGAUCUCAGUCAGGGCCAUCAAUCGCUCUUUCUCCAUCUGGGGACCUGACGCAAAGGAAUUCAAGCCCGACCGUUGGCUAACUGAAGAGGGCAUCAGUGGGAAGGCCAAGGAAGUCCAAGGUCAUAGGCAUUUGCUGACAUUUUCUGACGGCCCGAGGACAUGUCUUGGAAAAGAAUUUGCACUUGCGGAAUUCAAGACGGUUUUAUCGGUUCUGGUGAAGAAUUUCAUGUUUGAGAUGCGGGAUGGACCAGAUACUCAGCUUGAGAUUGCGAGGGGACUUUUGCCUCGUCCGCGGGUUGUUGGAGAGGAUGGUAUUGGAGUACCUUUACGCGUUCGUCGGUACGAAUGA